AUGGUUGCCACAGCUGAAUUCGAUGUCCUAAGAGACGAGGGCAUUCAAUAUGUGAGGAAAUUGCGAGAGGAAAACGUUCCUUGCGAGUGGAAACACUACAAAAGAGCAUAUCAUGGAGUAUGCAAUUUUCCAGGUAGUUCGGUCGGAAACGAGGUCAUCGCCGAUUUUUGCCGUUUCUUGAAAAAAUACAUCUGA